AAGCCUGCCAAGGGCGUCCCCACCCGGUGCUGGGGGGCGCCGGCCGGUUGCCCGGCUAGUGCCCCCCUGCUCCGAGGGGUUCCCCCCAAGGCCCAGCGAGCCCGACCCUUAGAGCCAAUCCUUAUCCCGAAGUUACGGAUCCAUUUUGCCGACUUCCCUUAUCUACAUUGUUCUAUCAACUAGAGGCUGUUCACCUUGGAGACCUGCUGCGGUUAUGA